CCUUUCUAUAUCCAUAUCCACUUUCAUUUGAUGCCGAAUGGGAAUUCCAACUCAGCUCUCCCCUUGGUCCUUUUUGGUAAACUUUCAACGUCACCUUCGCUAGACCGGGCCGCUUGUCCCUCCGAAAGCACAGCUAUUUUUCUUUUUUUUUCCCCAUCCGAGGCAGCAAACAAGCUGGACGGCGAGGUUCCUUCGCUUGUGAUGACUGCAUGAUGCAGCACGUCGUCGCGCAGCAGCCAACAACCAAAAAAAUAGCAAAAGAUCGCCACUCUUCUCGUCUCUUCUGUUGCUGCGUUUCUUGCCAAGAAUAUUCCAGCCUCAGUCAUAUAUUGGUUUCUCCCGUACCCAAAAAAAGACAAAAAAGAAACCUGGAAAGGGAAGGUAGUAGUGCUCCUCUCACCUCCCAUACCAAGCAUCCUUUGGUACGAAAAACCGAGAUCCUGGCCCCGAUCCCGACUUGAGCGGGUCAAUAGUUCCAUGCACAAAACGGCCUUUGACCAUGGCACCAGCAAAGGCGGGAGGAGGGUUCUCUCGGGCCAGAUCUUGCAGCUGAACGCCAAACGGUGAUUAGCCGGUGCCGGGUAAUACGAGGGGCGGCCGAUGGCGGGAGGCGGAAAAGGGGGGAGAGGGAGGGGGAUUUUGUUCUGUGAUGGUUGCAGGCUUUUUUCCAAACCGUGCCGUCAAUAUUGUCACCUGACAACCCUCCAUCUUUUUUUCGACCGUCAUUGUUUGUUAUCAGCUGGCUCGACUUGCGUGGAGCGAUUCCGACCGCCAAGUGCAAAGAUGGUCAGGAUUCCGAGUCGAGAAGGAGGUGUUAAUCCCGCAUUCUAAGCCCCGAGGGAGGGAGGAGAUGAAUGUCUCUUUUUUUGCUUAUACGAGACUGGGUGGUCCGACGAUCGGACAGGCCCGCGUUAGUUUUGAUGACGGUGGAGGUACAUCGAGUAGAAGGCAUAAAAAGUAAAGAGACUAGAAAAGACAUAAAGAUUGCAGCGGCAUGCCUCCCAAGGCUCUUCAUCUUGAGGCUGGAACCCGCCACAUAUCUCCUUUUUUUAUUUUUUUGACGAUUCCAUACUGCAUAAGCAGCCUCGGUACAAGUGGUUUACACUGAGCACGCCAAAAAUGCUCCCCUCGUGCAUCCUCGCGCUUGUGCUCCCGCUCGCUUCUGUGUUAGCGGCCGACUUCACCGGGCCUACGCUUCCACCGCACCUCUCCAGCGCGGCUCUCGAGGAGCUCGGCAAGAGGCAGACGCAGCAGUGGCGGACUCAGAACUGGGGCAAUGAGUUUUCCAACUACACGUGGUCGCCGGGGCCCAACGGGCGGUUCGCGGUAGACUGGAGGCAGCCCAACGGGGGCAACUUUGUGGUGGGGAGGGGAUACAGUCUGAACAACAACAACAGAAUCUUCAACUACUCGGGCACCUUCACCGUCAACGACCGGGCCUACAUGUGCCUGUACGCGUGGACUUUGAACCCGCUGACCGAGUGGUACGUCAUCGAGAACAUGGGGGUGCACAACCCGGCGGACAACCGCAACGCCACCUGCCACGGGCGCAUCCAGAGCGACGGCGGCACCUACGAGGUGUGGUCAAAGUGGCGCAUCAACGCGCCCUCCAUCAUCGGCGACGCCGACUUCCAGCAGUACUGGUCCAUCCGCACCCGCCGCCACGUCGGCGGCACCAUCAACACCACCGCCCACCUGGCCGCCUUUCGACGCGCCGGCCUGCCCCUCGGCGCCCAGCAGCCCGUCUUUCUCGCCGUCGAGGGUCAGGUCGGCAGUGGCGCCGCGACCCUGACCGCCGGCGUCGCGCCCACCACCACCGUGCCCGAGUCGGCCACGCCCACGGCCAGGACUGAGUUGGUGCCCAGUCGCGCUUGCACGAGGGUGUUGUGAAGUGGCAGUUGCCUGAAUAAAAGAGGAAAAAAAAAAGUUUCAAUUGUGGCAGGCGUCGGGUAAAUCGACCCAAUGUGCAUGUUGCGGGGGCGUGACAUCCUUCUGCAUCGGGAAUUAGGACAGGGGCGUGUAGAGUAUAUAGAUCAGGUCGCCUGCACAUAGGGUAUCUAUAUAUCAAGACCAUGCCCCUUCAAAUGCGAAUUUAAGCA